CGUGUUUAUUAAGUAAAAUAAAUAUUGAAUACUCCGAGCAAGCUUAUAAUCAUUGUUCUUUUUCAAAAGAAAAGGUAAAAAAAAUUAAAAUUCAAGGUAAUAAAAAUGAAUCAGUCAAUGGACAAUUUCUUACCUUACAACUUGAACAAUAUAGAGGAUUCCAUUCUACUGCCAUGUGUAAAAGAGAUAAAUGAAUCACCAGAAACCAAGUCGAAAGGCCUAGAAUUUCUUCGUAAUGAAUUAAAAAAAUUACAAGACAUUGAGCCUUGCUUGGAAGAAAGUUUUCUACUACGAUUCUUGCGGGUGUCGAAAUACAACGCAUCAAAUGCAUUUCAAAGAAUGCUAAAGUAUUACAAGCACCAAGAAGUACUUCUAGACUCACUCAAAAGAAUAUCUUUGCAUCUUGAAGAAGUUCGCAGCUUAAACUAUACAUUUAUGUCCCCAUAUAGAUUGAAGAAUCACUCAGUCUUGGGGUUUCUGUUAGCAGGUAACAUUGAUUACAGUGAAAUGACCUUUGCCCAGCGAUUUUACUUGGAUAUUUUGUCUCUAACUGCAAUACUUGAUAAUCCGGUCAAUCAGAUAACCGGAUUCACAAUAAUCAUGGAUUAUAAAGGAUUUGAUAUUCGUUCUUUUCUAGCUCACACACCCAGUUGGACAAAGUUUUUUGUGGACACAUUUUUGAAAUCGUAUCCAAUUCGAAUGAAAGCUGCUCAUAUAGUGAAUGCUCCAUCCAUAUUUUUGACUGUAUAUAGAAUUUGUUAUCCAUUCAUUCCAAAGAAGUUACAAAAGCGAAUAUUUAUACAUCCAAAUGGCAGUUGGAAGAGUUUACAUUCUUCAGUUCCACCCGAAGUUCUACCUGAAGAAUAUGGCGGAAAACUAAAAUUUGAUUCUUGUAUCAAUAUUCUGGAAAAUAUUGAAGCUUUAGAUGCUCAGUUUCGUAUAAGAUUUAGUUUUGGCUACAUUAAAACUAAAGCAAGUCGACAAUCAUUUAGACCUCUUGUCAGUAAAAACGAAAUUUCUGAACACAGAGACAGUCACCAAAAAUGGUAAUAUUCAAGUGCCUCCAUGUUUAUAUUCUUUAAUAUGAAAUAUUUGUAAUUUUUGUCUCUAUUUUUUACUUUAUAUAAAAGUUCUUGGAUACUUUUAUUCCUAUAAAAGAGUUUUGUUAGAAAUGUACACUGAAAAACAUUCGAAUCCAUUCUCAGAAGAAUU